AUGAGGCUCAUCAAAGCCAAAGAUUUAGUCGAAACUCAGCGUAUCUCCUUCAAAGAAUUCUAUGGGGAUUUGCCCAAGUACGCCAUCCUCUCACACACCUGGGAGGGUGACGGUGAAGUCACCUUCCAAGAGUGCAAUACCAAAACCUCCAAAUCAAAGUCAGGAUACGAAAAGAUCACCAAGACGUGUGAGCUAGCCCUCGCAGACAAGGUUCAGUACGUAUGGGUCGACACCUGUUGUAUCGAUAAGUCCAGCAGCGCCGAGCUCACAGAAGCCAUCAACUCCAUGUUCCUUUGGUACCAGAAAGCCAAGUUCUGUUAUGUGUAUCUAUCCGACAAGGUUGAACAGUUUCCACUUGCAAAAUGUAGGUGGUUCACCCGUGGGUGGACAUUGCAGGAGUUGAUUGCUCCCACGUCUAUAUCAUUUUACAACCAAGCGUGGGACUUUAUCGGCUCAAAGCGGAGUCUACUAAGCUCUCUUUCAGACAUCACAUCCAUUGAACAAGAAUUCCUAGGUCACAUGGCUCCGAUCUCAUCUGCUUGCAUCGCCAAGCGACUUUCGUGGGCUGCAAAACGGGAGACUACUCGUAUAGAGGACAUGGCGUACUGUUUGCUCGGCAUAUGCGACAUCAACAUGCCAAUGCUAUAUGGAGAGGGUGAGAAUGCUUUCCGGCGUCUUCAAGAAGAAAUCAUCAAAACAACGUAUGAUUUAAGCCUUCUUGCAUGGACGCCACCCUUCACCACGUCAGAGGAGUACUGUGGAUUUCUCGCCACUUCAGUCAAGCAUUUCGCUUCCUGCUCAAAGAUGUACUCAGUGGCAAACUCUCUACUGGACGAAGGCGAGAUGAGCAUAUCAAACAAAGGUCUUAGACUCCGCGCUCGGGUAUACUUGCUUGAUUAUUCAGAGCUCAGCUAUCCUGGACUCGAGGAUAUUACAUACCGUUAUGUUCUGGAGCUGGAUUGUAUGGCUCCUGGUUACGAGGGUGAAUUCUUAACCAUACCAAUGCGCAAGAUUGGACCAAAUGCGUUUGUGAGAGCGCGAGGGUUCGAGGAAAACAGGACCAUCCGCAAAUUGACGGCCUCUACUUCUUUCUGCCUUGUUCCUGCGGUUGCAGGCGGCAGUAUAUUCCACACUAUCACUCUUCUUACAAAACUACCCGAACGGAGGAUACAGAGGCCUUUGUUAAAAGCAAAACAUUCUGAUCUCGUUUCAUACAGCCGUUUCACAAUGGUCACAAUUGAGCUACCACCUGAAAUAGCAAUUGUCUCUAGUACCGAGCUUCCCAACAAGUUCUGGGAUAUGGAAGAUAGUGUGUUCUUUGGUCCCUACGGAUCGUAUCAGAACUGGGGCGCGUUUGUGCUUAACACAAAGUCUUUGUUCCUCUGCUUCUGGCACAAGGGCCCAACAGAGUGGUCUCUUAAGGGAACACUGCUUGAUAUGAGGAGCUCAAGUGUGUAUGCAUUAUGGAAGGAUCUUUUUCUCUCGGCGGAUCAAUUGGGUUAUCAGCAGCCGGUUGUCCAGAACUUCUUGAACAAUGCGCAAAGCGAGAUGAAAACUUCGAUUGAGACAAAGAAUGAGGGACGGAACAUCAAAUUAUCUUUUACUGUAUUUAGGAAAGAUAACCCGAGUUUGUGUAGUGGGCCACGGUGGAGGGUUGUAUUUCGGGAAGACGUUGUAAAAUGA